AUGAUUGAUGUUUUUCAUUCAUUUAUGGAUGUUAAUCGACGAUUUAAUCGAUUAGUAUUUGAUUCUUUUUAUAUUCAUGAUCUUAAUAUGACUACUAUUAUCGAUACCACUUCAUUGUACGAUCAGACUUCUUUAAUAGAUCCUAAAGUUCUUUCAAGAAUUUGUGAAAAAAUUUUACCUAGAAUUCAUGAUCAAAUAUAUAAACUUACUGUUGAAGAAUAUUCAAUAAAUCGAAUUCUUACUGUUUCGAAUUAUCCUCAAUUAUAUUCAUUAUCACUUAUAAAUUUUCAAGAAGAAAUACUUUAUCAAUAUUUAACAGGUAAUUUAAUUCUUCGUGAUCUUACCAAACAAAUAACACAUCUUAAUAUUGAUAUUAAAGAGACAAUAGAACAUUGCUCGGAAAUUGGUUCAAAAAUUUUUACAUUAAUCUUAUCUUUAUGUAAAAACUUAAUUGUUUUGAAUUUUUGUCAUAUGUUUCCUACACGAAAUUAUUUCCCUCCUCUUUUUUAUUUACUCUGGGAAAAUUGUAUACCUUCAAAUUUAAUUAAAUUAAAAAUCAAUGUCUCAACUUUAGUUGAUUGUCUUUAUCUACUUGAUGGUCCUCUUGUUUGUUUAUCAACAUUAAUUAUUAAUGUAUCAUCUACUUUUUGUCCAUUAGAAUACAUAAAUCCAACAAAAAAACUUCCCAAAUUGAAAUAUUUUUCUUUUACUGCAUGUAAUUACACAACGGAUUAUGACGAUUUAAUUGUUCCAUUACUUUGUCGAAUGAUAAAUCUUGAACAAUUAAAAUUAUAUUUAUCAGUAGUAAGAUCUGAUUCGACUUACAUUGAUGGUACUCAAUUAUAUGAACAAUUUCUUAUUUAUAUGACACAAUUAAAGAAGUUUACUUUUUAUAUUACAACAAUAGUUUCCUUUAGGACCGUUAGACUUAAACUUCAAUCGAAUGAAGAUAUUCAACGUAGUUUUAUUGGAAGAGGAUAUCAACAAGUAGCAUCAUAUAUUCAUUCUAAAACGUUUUCUUCCAAUGGCAAAUGUCAUAUCUAUUCACUUCCAUAUGACUUCGAAUAUUUUGUUAAUCUCGACAAUUCUUUUCAAGGUGGUAUGUUUCAUAAAGUUCGACAAUUGAAAAUGAAUGAUGUAAUUCCUUUUGAAAAUAAGUUAUUUAAGCUCACCUCUCAAAACUUUCCUUUUCUUGAAUUUUUAUAUAUAUCUAAUGAUUAUUCACAAAAAGACAAUCAACAUUCAUCAACACUAAUUACAUUUCCUUAUCUCAAAUUUCUUGAUCUAAAAUGGGCACAUGUUGAUUAUACUAAAUUAUUUCUUUUGAAGAAAAAUAUACGUUUACCUUGUUUGUCAAAUCUUUCCAUUGAAUAUAAAUCACUCAUAACAAUAACAAACAAUUUUACUAAUGAUACAACGCAAUUUAAUUUUGAUAAAUUGAAAAGUCUUGAUGUAUGUGAAUCAUUUGUUCGUCCAAAAAAUUUUCAUCAAUAUUUUCCUUUGUUAUAA